AUGAGUUCAUACGUGGAGGCUGCUCCGGGACAAAAUGAAGCCGUGUUCCAAGACCAAAAGGGUGUUGAAUGUGGCCAAUGGGAACCGAUUGUGAAUAUCAUGGACCCAUACGUGCAAGAGUUGGGAAGGUUUGCUGUGAUGGAGAACAAUAAGAACACAAUGGGACAUCUUAAGUUCAUUUGUGUGAUAAAGGGGUGGACUCAAGUUGUAGCUGGAAAAAAUUAUCGGCUUAUUAUUGAAGCAUGUAAUGGACUUGGUUUCCCUGGGACUUAUGAGGCUAUUGUAUAUGUUAAGCCAUGGGAGAAGACAUGGGAGCUCAUAGAGUUUAUACCUUUACUCAGGAACUGA